UGAAAGUCAUUUUAACAAACCUAAUCAAAUUCGGGCGGCUUCGGCAAACACGGUCGCGAAACUCUUUUUUCCGCUUCUUUUAUCGUUUUCGGCAAAUAAAGCACCCUGUUGCUGGUGGUGAUAAGAACAACGGUAGCAGGCUCGGAAAACACAGCGCUGCCCCAAUCUCUGCCCGUUCUACGUGGACCCCCGCUUUGCCCGAAGUUGAAGUUGAGUCUUGUGCGCUUCCUUUUUUUUCUAGUCCAGAUCGAUUUUAGUUGCAACCGUUUGCAGUUGGUGCCGCUCGCGUCUGUGCCUUUUCCCUUCCCACAAGCUCCGGAACAUCCGGCAAAGUGUGUAUGCACAAGUUGGCCACUUCCCUGUUAGUGCGUAGCUGCCGAGCCGUUCUCACCCAACGUUCGCCACCGUUGCAAGUAGCUGCCAAGAGUGGUUUAUUUUCCAGCGCGUUACGCCGCACGCAGUUCGGUCGCCUUGCUAUGCCCGAAGCAGCAGCAGCAGCCGCCGAGGCCCGGCAGUUCGUCUACCCUGCGGCACGGCGCGAUGAGUCCGUGGUGGAGGAGUUCCACGGCGUGAAGAUUGCCGACCCGUACCGCUGGCUGGAGGAUCCGGACGCGGAGGAAACGCAGGCGUACGUGGAAAAGCAGAAUGAAAUCUCGAAACCCUUCCUGGACACGUGCCCGGAGUGGAAGAAGCUGAACGAGAAGCUGCGAAAGCGCUGGAACUAUCCGAAGUACUCCUGCCCGUUCAAGCACGGUAACAAGUACUUCUUCUUCAUGAACACCGGUCUGCAGAACCAGGAUGUCCUGUACGUGCAAGAUAAGCUGGACGGUGAGCCGAAGGUGUUUCUCGAUCCGAACACACUCUCGACCGACGGUACGAUCGCACUGGUCGGGUCGCGCUUUUCCGACGACGGCAAGCUGUACGCGUACGGGCUGAGCCAGAGCGGAUCCGACUGGACGAAGCUGAAGAUUCGCAACGUCGAGACGGGCGAGGACUUCCCGGAAACGAUCGAACACACCAAGUUCGUGACCGCCUCGUGGACGAAGGACAAUAAGGGCUUCUUCUACGCGCGCUACCCGGUGGUGGCGGGCAAGGCGGACGGUUCGGAAACGGCCGCCAACGAGAACCAGAAGCUGUACUACCAUCGGGUGGGCGAGUCGCAGGACAAGGAUGUGCUGAUUGCCGAGUUCCCGGAGGAACCAUCGUGGCGAUUGAUGCCGGAAGUGUCCGAUUGUGGCAAAUAUCUGAUGCUGUUCAUCAUGAAGGGCUGCAAGGAUAUGCUGCUGUACUUUAGCAAUCUGGAGAAGGCCGGCACGCUCGAGUCGAAGCUUGAUUUCGUGAAGGUGGUCACCGAGUUCGACAGUGACUAUGACUACGUCACCAACGAGGGUAACAUCUUUUCGUUCCGCACGAACAAGGGCGCCCCGAACUACCGGAUCGUGAACAUCGAUUUCGAGCAGCCCGAGAUGGAGCACUGGAAAACGCUCGUGCCGGAGCAUCCGAAGAACGUGCUCGACUGGACGACGUGCGUGAACAAGGAUCGGAUCGUGCUCGGGUACAUCGACGAUGUGAAAUCGUUGCUGGUGGUGCACAGCCUGGCCGACGGGAGCUUCGUGUCGAAGUUCCCGCUGGAAAUAGGGACGGUGGCCGGGUUCAGUGGCAAGAAGAAGUAUUCGGAGAUUUUCUACCACUUCGUGUCGUUCCUGACGCCCGGCAUCAUCUACCAUUACGAUUUCGAGGGCAAAACGGAGGCCGACGGCGGUGCAAUGGAACCGACCGUGUUUCGGGAGGUGAAGAUCGAAGACUUUGACAACAGCCGGUACGCGGUGGAGCAGAUCUUCUACCACAGCAAGGACGGCGAGAAGGUGCCGAUGUUUAUCGUGCAGCGCAAGCAGGAGAAGAAGGAGCACAAACCGUGCCUGCUGUACGGGUACGGUGGGUUUAACAUUUGCGUGCAGCCGUCCUUUAGCAUCACCGGGCUGGUGUUCAUCGAUUCGUUCGAUGGCAUACUGGCGUACCCGAACAUUCGGGGUGGUGGCGAAUAUGGCGAACGGUGGCACAAUGCCGGUCGAUUGCUGAAGAAGCAGAACGUGUUCGACGACUUCCAGCACGCUGCCCAGUAUUUGGUGGAGCACGGCUACACCACGCACGACAAGAUCGCGAUCCAGGGCGGUUCGAACGGAGGGCUGCUCGUCGGUGCCUGCAUUAACCAGCGUCCCGAUCUGUUCGGUGCCGCCAUUGCGCAAGUUGGCGUGAUGGAUAUGCUUCGCUUCCACAAGUUCACGAUCGGCCGCGCCUGGGUGUCCGACUACGGCGAUAUGAACGAGAAGGAGCAUUUCGAAAAUCUGCUGCGCUACUCGCCGCUCCACAACGUGCGCACACCUACCUCGGAGAAGGACCAGUAUCCGGCCACGCUCGUGCUGACCGCGGACCAUGACGAUCGGGUCAGCCCGCUGCACUCGCUCAAGUUCGUGGCGGCGCUGCACGAUGCCAUCAAGGAUAGUGAACACCAAAAGAAUCCGCUGCUGCUGCGCGUCUACAGCAAGGCCGGCCACGGUAUGGGCAAACCGACGGCCAAGAAGAUCGAGGAAGCGACCGACAUCCUCACGUUCAUGUACAAGACGCUCGGGCUGAAGCUUUCGUUUUAAUGUUGCCUUGGCACCACCAUCUUUCUCGGGAGGGAGCUGGGGAGUGCGAAGUUGGAAAAGAAACACACAGUAUCUCUUUCUGAUCGGUAAUUGCAUGCUGAGCAUUUGAGUUUUCGUGAGGCGUGAAAUGAGAAGCGAAAUUUCGGAUUAUAUUAUUAUUUGUGUAAGGCCGCACUUAUUAUUAUUAUUAUUAUGUUUUUUUUUUUUGAAUUAAAACAAGCCUCGCGGGCGCUCCUUUGGUGCACGCUUGCUGA